AUCCCUUGGUGGCAGCGACACACACUAGAGAAAGAUGAUAAGUUAAUUAUUAAUUAAUAACAUAUAUAUCAAAUCAAACAAUACAUUACCAUGAAAAAACUGAAAUGAAAUUUAAUUUCUUGUUCUGGAUCUUGCCAUGGCUCUUUCAGUUUUUCUUCUGCUCUCAAUUAGCAUCUGCUACCUCGUUUUUUUACAAGAUCUUCUUCUCUCUGUGAACGCCUCUAACGCUCAAUCUCACAAUCUCACUCAAAAUUCAGUCACGCCAAUCAACUACGAUCUCUACCGUUCCAGUCGCAAUUUGAUGGGGGAGAUCAGGGCUUUGGUCCGCCGUCACCCGGAUAAGCUCACUAUGGAGAACCUUAAAGCUGCAAACAAAGGCUAUGGUGCUCAGAUUACCGUGGUUACUUAUGGCAAAGAAAAGGAAGAGAAAGAUAAGAGGUCAAAGCUUCGGAUUUUACUUAGUUUUGGGCAGCAUGGAAGGGAGCUGAUUACCACAGAACUUGCUUUAAGGAUUUUGUCAAUCUUAAGUGAAGAAAAACUUCUACCCGGCAUGGACCAAGCUUCCUUAAACAGCGUACUUGAUAAGCUUGUCAUAAAGGUGGUUCCAAUGGAAAACCCGAAUGGCCGCAAAGUCGUUGAAGGUGGAGAUCUCUGUGAGAGAAGAAAUGGAAGGGGAGUGGAUCUCAAUCGAAAUUGGAGUGUAGAUUGGGGCAAAAAGGAGAAGGAUUAUGAUCCAUAUGAGGAGAAUCCUGGAGUUGCUCCAUUCAGCGAGCCUGAAAGUCAAAUUAUGCGGAAACUUGCUAUAUCUUUUGAACCACAUCUAUGGGUAAAUGUGCACUCCGGAAUGGAGGCUCUUUUUAUGCCAUACGAUCAUAAAAACACAACACUAGAUGGGUUGCCAUUGAAACGGAUGAAAUCGUUUCUUGAAGAAGUAAACCAUCAUCAUUGCCAAGAGCGCUGCAUGAUUGGGUCUGGAGGCGGUUCAGUCGGGUAUUUUGCACACGGGACAGCAACUGAUUUCAUGUAUGACGUUGUAGGGGUACCCAUGGCUUUCACCUUUGAGAUAUAUGGAGAUGGAACAGCUUCAUCAAAGGACUGUUUCAAAAUGUUCAAUCCCACCGACCCUGCUGCCUACAAUAGAGUUCUCAGUGACUGGUCUGCGACAUUCUUUACAAUUUUCAAAUUGGUGCCGCUCCAGAUUGGUGAAAAAGCGCCUAUUUUGAAACUGGAAAAGUUGGUAUCUAUAGAUGAAUAUCUAGACGGGUAUUUGAUGGAGAGAAGAAAUAGAUAUGGAAAGAAGAUGGAGGUGCUUGAGCUUGGAAUGCAAGAAAUAAGAACAUAUUUUAGGUUAUUUUUAUUAUCUUCAGUGUUAUUGUUGUUCAUGUUCUGCUCUAGAAUUUCAAAAAGCAAGUGUAGUAGACCAUUGGUUUCUUCUAUUCCCCUCUAAAAUUAGGUCAUAGGUUAAAUUGUAUAUCCAAUUUUGAGAAAAAAAAAUUGUAAGUUAAAUUGUUGUCUGUAAUACUAUGUAAUGCGAGCCUUUACUUUCA